GCAAUGGGCCGUCUCUUAUGGAAAACAAAUCAUUGCUCUUUCAACAAAAUACUCUGGUGCUCUGCUGCUCCAAAAGAAAUACAAAGACAUUGAGCCCACGGUGAAGAUGGAGGAGGUGGACGGAGAGGAACUGGUGAAGAAGUUUGCUGAGGAGAUGGAGAGAAUGCUGGGUAGGAAGAUGAAGUCUGUCAAGAGACUGGCGGAGGCAGCGGAGGACGCUGAUCUAUACCAUGAAUUCAACGCUACCUUAGAGUUUGACUACUAUAACUCUAUGCUGAUCAACUCGGUGGAUAAAGAUGGAAACGCUAUCGAGCUGGGAGGAGAGUUUCCUCUAGAAGAGAAUGAACACUUCAACAAGCUCCAGGUCAACACUCUGCAGAGCGACAUACAGGUUCCCACCAACGUUUACAACAAAGGUCAGCUUGCGGUGGUUCAUUUAGCCAUGGUCUCUCAACGUUAUCCAGACAGGGUUGGGUUAGCUCCCUAUCUGGUUCAUUUAGCCAUGGUCUCUCAACGUUAUCCAGACAGGGUUGGGUUAGCUCCCUGCCUGGUUCAUUUAGCCAUGGUCUCUCAACGUUAUCCAGACAGGGUUGGGUUAGCUCCCUGUAUGGUUCAACGUUAUCCAGACAGGGUUGGGUUAGGCUCCCUGUCUGGUUCAACGUUAUCCAGACAGGGUUGGGUUAGGCUCCCUGUCUGGUUCAACGUUAUCCAGACAGGGUUGGGUUAGGCUCCCUGUAUGGUUCAACGUUAUCCAGACAGGGUUGGGUUAGGCUCCCUGUCUGGUUCAACGUUAUCCAGACAGGGUUGGGUUAGCUCCCUGUCUGGUUCAUUUAGCCAUGGUCUCUCAACGUUAUCCAGACAGGGUUGGGUUAGCUCCCUGUCUGGUUCAUUUGGCCAUGGUCUCUCAACGUUAUCCAGACAGGGUUGGGUUAGGCUCCCU